CCAGCCGGACCCAGGCGCCCCGCCCUAGACCACGCCCCUUCUUAAUCCGCCCCGCCCCUCGCUCUCGGCCGGGCCCCGCCCCUCGCUCUCGGCCGGGAGCCGCCCCCUGGAUAGCCCCCCGCCCUCGCAGCCGGGCCCCGCCCCCUCCCCCCAGGCCCUCGCCAGCAGUCCAGGGAAGGGACGGCGGGACAAGCCGGACGCGCGGGAGGGCGGACGGGGCGGGGACAUGGCCGCGGCGCCCGGAGGGUCUGCGCCGCCCGCCGGCCCCGGCCCGCGCCUGGCUUUCAGCACCGCGGACAGCGGCGUCGGCAUGAGCGGGCUGAACCCAGGUCCCGCGGUGCCCAUGAAGGACCACGACGCCAUCAAGCUCUUCGUGGGGCAGAUCCCGCGGGGCUUGGACGAGCAGGACCUCAAGCCGCUGUUCGAGGAGUUCGGCCGCAUCUACGAGCUGACGGUGCUGAAGGACCGGCUCACCGGCCUCCACAAAGGCUGUGCCUUCCUCACCUACUGCGCCCGGGACUCUGCUCUCAAGGCCCAGAGUGCACUGCAUGAACAGAAGACCCUGCCAGGGAUGAAUCGUCCGAUCCAAGUGAAGCCGGCUGCCAGUGAGGGCCGAGGAGAGGACCGGAAGCUGUUUGUGGGGAUGUUGGGCAAGCAGCAGGGUGAGGAGGAUGUCAGACGUCUGUUCCAGCCCUUCGGCCAUAUCGAGGAGUGCACUGUCCUGCGGAGUCCUGAUGGUACCAGUAAAGGCUGUGCCUUUGUCAAAUUCGGGAGUCAAGGGGAAGCUCAAGCUGCCAUCCAGGGACUGCAUGGUAGCCGGACAAUGACGGGCGCCUCAUCCAGCCUGGUGGUGAAGCUGGCAGACACCGACCGCGAGCGCGCACUACGGAGGAUGCAGCAAAUGGCUGGCCAGCUGGGCGCCUUCCAUCCAGCGCCACUGCCUCUCGGAGCCUGUGGCGCCUACACCACUGCGAUCCUGCAACACCAGGCAGCGUUGCUGGCCGCGGCGCAGGGUCCCGGGUUAGGCCAGGUGGCCGCCGUGGCCGCCCAGAUGCAGCACGUAGCGGCCUUCAGCCUGGUGGCCGCACCGCUAUUGCCUACAGCAGCUAACGCGUCACCUGGUGGCAGCGGCCCUGGUGCACUCCCCGGCCUUCCAGCGCCCAUGGGGGUCAAUGGAUUCGGCUCCUUGACCCCCCAGACCAACGGACAGCCAGGCUCUGAUACGCUCUAUAACAACGGGCUUUCCCCGUACCCAGCCCAGAGCCCCGGUGUGGCUGACUCCCUGCAGCAGGCCUACGCUGGGAUACACCACUAUGCAGCAGCCUAUCCCUCGGCCUACGGCCCAGUGAACACAGCUUUCCCCCAGCAGCCUUCAGCUCUGCCUCAACAACAAAGAGAAGGUGAGGGCCUGGGGGCUGGAGAGCAGCGGCCUUUGUCUGUGGGGGUGCCCCUCGGGGUCCUUCCCCUGAACAAGCCUGCUCCUGUUCCUGCAGGCCCCGAAGGCUGUAACCUCUUCAUCUAUCACCUGCCUCAGGAGUUUGGGGAUGCAGAACUCAUACAGACAUUCCUGCCCUUCGGAGCCGUUGUCUCUGCCAAAGUCUUUGUGGAUCGUGCCACCAACCAGAGCAAGUGUUUUGGGUUUGUUAGUUUUGACAAUCCAACCAGUGCCCAGACUGCCAUCCAAGCCAUGAAUGGCUUUCAAAUCGGCAUGAAGAGGCUCAAGGUCCAGCUAAAGAGACCUAAGGAUGCCAACAGGCCUUACUGAUCUGCACUCACUGAUCAGUCACAGACAGAAACUGAAGAGUGAGAAGGAAGGAGAAAGAAAAGCACAGAAACGCUGGAGUGGCCCUACCGGAAGGAGUGGCAGCAGACGGAGGUGGACCGGACCCAGGGCUGGCGCCUGGGGCUCAGGCCACUCAUCAUGUGGGUUGUUCCACGGAGCGCUCAAGCUGGCAGGGCAACCAGUGCUGGCUGAGGAUCGACUGAUCUAAGGGAACCAGCAGAGGGCCUCGGGGGUGCCAAGGGCUUCUCAACAAGGGAAGCCCAGACUUACUUCGUUCAAAAUCAUAUCAUUCCUUAGUGUUUAGGGACCAAAGGACUAUUGCUUUUUUUAAGAAUAUAUAUAUAUCUAUAUAAAUUAAAACAAAGAAGAAAAAACAGAAGAGAGACAAAAAAGACAGUAUAGAGUCUCAUAAAAGCGGCCUUUAAAUACCCCUAGGAGACAGGGUGAAGGAGACCCUUGAUAGCCCAGCCUAGGCAGAGGAGGCUGUGGAAAGAUUGUCCUGUGUCUCGUUCCUUCUGAAGCUACUUCCUUGCCCUGCCCUUCUUAAAAAAUGGAAAAGGAUGUGAAGUCUAGACUCAUAUUCCAGCAAGAAGACGGUUAUGGAAGCAGUGAGCCCACAAUCCCCAAGCUCAGAUAGCAUCCCUGACGAGGAGGAGCUCAGGCCCGCUCGGCCUUCUGCUCUCCUGGGAGGGCCCCAGCCAUCAGAAUGGGAAUCUGCCUUUCCUUCCCGAUGCCCUUUCCUGCGGAGCCCCAGCCUCCCCAGGCCGGAAGAAAGAGGGAGCCUUUGCCUUCCCAGUCCAGGCAGGCCGAGGCCGCGCCUUGGCUGAGCUGAGACACCUCCUGUUUCCCCUCCUCUUGCGACUUGUUUCCCCAGUGUCCCCUAGCUCCAGGCCACCUUCUGUCUCUUAGUCUAAGUUUGCCCACCUGUAAAGUAGACUCAAGAUAUAUGUAGAGGGCUGUGACAACAGAUAUGGAAGGUUUGCUGCUGUAAAUACUGCCUUUGAGAAGGGGAUAAUUUUCACUAUGUAGAAGCUUCAGAAUUAGAGGUCCCUCUUGACCCAGGACCCGGGAGGGAAGUAGAUGUUUUGCCAAAAUACUAAUUCAUUCCUUUAAAAAGUACAUCUUUCCUAUGCAAGUGUGUCUCACGUGUGCUUACCCAAGGUGCUUUUAGAUGGUGAGCAGUGUUCAGCUUAGAAGUGGUGUGUGCUCUGUCUGUCUGUCCUUGUCUGUCUGUUGUAUACAGUGGGUGCCAUAUAAAGCUGAUCAACAGUG